AAAAGUGGUCCCACCAGAUUUACUCUUUGUUUUGCCUCGUCCUCAAAGGGUUAAUAUAAACCCAACCAACUCAGGUUUUAAUCAAAUGUAUAAUUUAUCAAUCCGGGCGCGGACGCUUAAAAUGAAGUCUGUAGUGGUUUUUACGUUGAUUGUGGUUCUCUGUGGAAGUGCAAAAGAAUUAAAAUCUAAUAGUUAUCAAAGCGAAUAUAAUGGUAUUGCUUUUAAUCGUAACUACGGUUUGGUGUAUCUCGGAACAUGUGGGAACAUCGAUGUGGCCCUAGCGUAUCGUCGCGCGUUCUAUGAAUUUACAACGAGUGUUUACAAACGUAUCGCUAUCCGCACUGCUGGUCAUUUUGUGUUCUCUCCAUUAUCAAUGUGGAUAUCCCUUGCCGCACUCGCUGAAGGCACGGAUGGGGUUGCUCGGGCAGAGUUAUUCAACUUACUUAGAUUACCAGAGGAAAAAUGCAUCCGUCAACAAUAUUAUGCGUUAGCAUCGCGAUGCGAACCUCCCGGCGAGGACGUCGCCCUUUCAAGAACCCGAUUGUUUAUAUUCGAUGAGGAAUUGGUGCUUAAUAAGCAAUGGGAAAAUUUCGUAUGCAGCCACUGGCUUAUUGGAAUAAUUAGAGGAACUUUAAGAAGAAAUCCGAUGAAAGCGUUGCAUUUAAUGAGAAGUAUAUUUGCGGUGCAACUGCAUCAUUUGAAUUUAAACGGCAAUUCUGUAAUUCUGGACACAUUAGAUUACGAUGGUUUGUGGACUAGCGCAUUCCAGGAUGCAACACCUGAACGAGUACCGUUCUAUAAUGAUUAUGGAGAGAAGGUUGGAAUGGUUGAAAUGAUGAGAAUGAAGAAACGUGUCAAAUUGGCGUAUCUUCCGGGGUACAACAUAAAGGUCCUUGAACUACCCGUUGGCUACCACGGAAGAUAUCGUGUCAUGUUCGGCUUGAUGACUGGAAAUAGCGGCGUUCCACAAGCGAUAAAAAUAUUAAAAAGCAAUCUUAUAUUUGAAGUUCUCCAGAAUCUUCGUAUCAGUAAAAUCCCGUUAGAUGUGGCUAUUCCACGGUUUUCUCUGUCAUAUGAAUAUGACGUCAGGAGUAUUUUAGAAGAAAUUAAUGUUACAAACGUGUGGACGGAUCACUGGGCAACCAGAAACAUAUCAGAGCCGGCAGCGCUACCUACCGGCUUUGUUCAACGUGUGACGGUAACUUUCAAUAGAACUGGGCUAGAUCCAUAUGAACAUGAAAUUACACCGGCACAAGACACCGGUGAGACGGGUCUCCACGCUGAAAUUGGAAAAGAUUUCAUAGCUGACAGAACGUUUAUGUUCGCCGCUUUUGAUACUGAGACAUAUACUUGUUUAUUUACUGGUAUAUAUUCCAGACCAGAUGUAGUCUAGACUUACCAGGAUUUAUAUAACAAUAUAUUCAAUCUUUAUGAAAUAAAAUAUUUUAGCAUCACUA